AUGUCCAACACUAACAACGACAAUUUUGCGGAGAAAGGUGCCUCGAAACUUGGGCCUGUUUCCGCCACACCGACUCAACGAGACCAGACAUGCGGCCGCACGAAAGAGAUUCCCGGCUCCCACUCCCAUGUGCACCACUCUGGGCUGACCUUCCCAAGUCAAGCCAUACAGUUACCCUCCCCAUCCCACGACUCUUUGUCUACCGGCCCCGAUACUCUGAUUAGCAUCGAAGACCAUGUCUCCAUUGCCAACCCGGAGUUGUUGACCCGGACAGAUGUUGCCAGUCACCGGUCUCCAUCGCCGGACUCCUUGUUUGGCGGCGAUGAUAUCGAGAUCAGCUUCGACAGCGAUGAUCCCGCCAGUCCGGGUCCAUCAGAACAGGCACAAACGAGCACCAACCCAUCAUCAGAUGCGGACCACUCGCGCAACAUUACACCAGCGACGACGUCAUCUGUCGUGACCAUACCUCCCCAUCAGAAUAACCCAAGCUACGGUCUGAAGUGGGUCGACGACUGGGGUUCCAUUCGACCUGAGUGGGCAGUCGAGCUCAGGGUCGAGUCCAUCAUCGCAACGCUGCAGUCCGCCCUAGGUCCGGACAAGGAGUUCGAUGUCCGCCAUUGGCACGACGGGGCCCUCAGCAAGCUCUACCGCAUUUCUUUUGAUCAGAAACACUUCAUGAUGCGCGUGUGUCUCCCCGUAUGCCCCAAGACCAAGACGGAGAGUGAGGUGGCAACGCUCCGAUGGGUAGAUGAGAACACCAAACUGCCUGUUCCCCGCGUCAAAGCCUUUGACGCCUCACGAGACAACCCUCUUGGCUUUGAGUGGAUCCUCAUGACCAUGAUAGAGGGAACACCCCUCUCGCAGUGCUUGCACACCACCACCCAGGGGGCAAAGGAGCGAAUCGUCACACAGCUGGCCGCCUACGCUGCCGCGGCCUACGCCAAGCAGUUCACCGGGGGCAUUGGGAACAUCUACCCGACCUCGCCAGAUGCCGCCAGCUCGGAGCUGCGGGGGGAGCGCGCCGAGGUUGAUCACAGCCGGGGACCGUUCCGCGACGCCGCCGAGUGGGUCGACAGUCGUCUACGGCUUGCUGUAAAGGACCUUACGUGGCAGCUACAUGGUAUGUCCAACGUCCAACGCAAGGCCACCCAGAAGAAGUUGGAGCUCCUGGACCGCCUUGAGGUACUGGUCGCCAGGUUCUUUCCCGCUCCCCAGGACAAUUCAGACCAGGACAUGGUGGACAUGGAUGUGGAGGGACGCGAGGGCCAGAAUGAAGAGCGACACGUUCCCACCGUGUUAUGGCAUGAUAACCUCUCGGCUGAUAACCUCCUCGUCGACGAGAACGGCAUGCUGUUUGGUGUUAUCGACUGGCAGUGCGUCUCCUGUCUUCCGCUUUACGAGGCCUGCCAAUUCCCGACCUUUCUACAGCAGGCCGUCGACCGCCUAGCGGAGCCGAUGACGGUACGCUACAUCAUUCCCGGCUCUGGAGAGCUCGACCCCAUCUACGAGAGUCAUCUGAGGCAACACGAGGUCACCUUGCUACGCCAACUUUACAUCCAGGAACUCUUGUACCAUUCCCGCGAUCUUGUCAAAGUUUGGAUGGACGAGACGAAUGCCGACCUUAGAGAUUUCGAGGCCGCAGUACAGAACUUUGGCAACGACUCUGCCAGCAAUAUCGUGGAGAGGUGGGUGGCAGCAGUUGAGAAGGGCGAAAAACCUGGAAGUUUACCUCGGCGACUACAUGAACAGCUCAUGCAGUAG